GGUGACUCUGAGGCUCACGAUAAAUUUGUAAAAGUGACCAGAGCUUAUGAGGUAUUGAAGGAUCCCCAGCAGCGGAAACAUUAUGAUCUGCAUGGCGAGACGACCUCCUCUUCCUGGAGCCAAUCACAGUACCAUAGCUACACCUACUACAGGGACCAUUUCGGCAUAUACGACGAUGACCCCAACGUCAUAACCUUAAACUCUGCAGACUUUGAGACUAUGGUGGAGAAAUCACCCAAGCAGUGGUUUAUCAACUUCUACUCCCCACUGUGCUCCCAUUGCCAUGAUCUAGCUCCUGCAUGGCGACGGCUAGCUGCAGAUCUAGAAGACGUGGUUAUGUUUGGAGCUGUCAACUGUGAGGAAGACUGGAACCUCUGUCGUCAGCAGAACAUUCGUUCCUACCCCUCCUUGGUGCUCUAUCCCUCGAAGGAACGCUACAACGGCCGCCCACACGCUGAGGAGUCUCCUCCUCCCAGUUGUGUGCUUGAGCCCGAGCUGGUGAAGGACGUUCGGAACAUGUAG